AUACUUAAACUCUCCAUUAUGCUGCCACAUACUCUCUUUUGCAUGUUCAACCCUAAUACUAUGUAGCCACAUAUCUUUAUCUCCAUGCUUUUCUUGUCCCCUUCUUAUUUCUUCUUUUUGUAUAAAUUCUCUUUUCCCCUUUCUUAUCUUUAAUUCUUAUCAUCAUUUUACACCAUUUCUUCUCCUAUUUUUCACAAAAAAGAAACCCAUAAAAACUACUACAGUAAAGAUUGAACAAAAUGGGAAGUAGUGUAUGUGACCAUCAUUUUCAUACCCAUAAAUUUCACCCUCUGAUUUCCCCCAAACAAGCCCUUCAAGAUCUUAAUAUUCCUCCUAGAAAGCUUCUAUCUCGUCGUAGUAGUGAUCUUUCCGAUGGUUAUGAUGGUGAUUCCUCUUCCAUGCAGAAGUUAUCUUCAUCCCGAGAAUCUGAUGUUUUUUUCGACACCGAUGAUGAUCCGUACUCAUCCGAUGAGUUUCGUAUGUACGAGUUUAAGGUAAGAAAAUGUACUCGUAGUCGUUCCCACGAUUGGACCGACUGCCCUUUCUCCCACCCUGGGGAGAAAGCUCGUCGUCGUGAUCCCAGACGGUUUCAUUACUCGGGGACUGUUUGCCCCGAGUAUCGCGGCACUGGGGAUUGCACUCGUGGAGACGAGUGCGAGUUCGCGCAUGGCGUUUUCGAGUGUUGGCUACAUCCCGCUAGGUACCGCACCGAAGCGUGCAAAGACGGGAAGAAUUGUAAGAGAAAGGUUUGUUUUUUCGCUCACUCGCCUCGCGAGCUCAGAGUUCUCCCUCUUGAAGACGUCGAAAGAAAAGAAAACGAUGUCGUUCAACACGAACAACAUUGUUGUAAGUAUUGUUGUACACUUUCUCCUACAUCUACUUUACUGGGGUUAUCCAACUUUUCUCCACCAUUAUCUCCGUCGCCAUCUCCGAAAACCCCGAUGGGCCCACGGGCCGGGCUAAUCCGAUACUCGGACCGUGCUAUUGCAUGUGCUAAUAAAGGACUGAGUUAUGAAGACAUGGUGAUUGCCGACUUAUUAGGAUCUAUAAAUUUGAAUGAAUCUUUAAGCCCUAACAAGGGUAUAAUUAAUCGUCGAGAAUUAUGGGUUGACGUUAAUGGUUUAGAUAAUGAAAUAGCUAAUGAUUAUAUUCAAAUUAAUCCUUCUAUUUUCUCUUCUAAUUCAAGAAAUUUAUUUACUACAACAAUUAAAAAUAAUAAUGGUGUCGAGGAAAAUCCCGAUCUUGGUUGGGUUAACGAUCUUCUUAUGUAGUUAUUGUUGAUCUUAUGAGUAAUUAAGGUUGAUUAUGAUGAUAAUUAUGUUAAUUAAUUAAUGAAUAAAGGGUUUGGGUGACGAUGAUGUACAUUUCUUCUCUUAACGUACACUAUAAAAGAACGGAAGGGAUGAUGAUAUUCUGUAUUUUUUUUGGCAUGGUUUUGAUUUAAAUUAUUUGGGAUUUGUAUUUUUAAUUUUUCCAAUGUAAUAUAUUAGGAAGUCCCAAAUGUUUUGGGUCUUUUUUCAUGUAUUAUAAUGGAUGAUUAUGUAACUUUAUUAAAAAGUAUUCUUGUGAAAUAAUAAUGUAGUAUUAAUGGUUUAUCAAAUUUGUAUAUUAAAUAAU